AUCCUGAACUAUGAGACCCUAGUACAGACCCUAGUACGAGAGCCAGUGUGGCGCUUCGGUCAAUAAACCAGCUCACGAAGCCACCAACCUGCCGGCGACUAGAGGCCUAGAGGGGCAGGAGGAGCUAGAGCAGCAGCCGUGAGGGAUCAAUCGAUGGAGAUCGAGGAUGCUGCUGCUCCGGCGGCCGGCCGGGUGGAGUACGGCGGCCGCGUGACGCCGUUCCUGGUGCUGUCGUGCGUCCUCGCCUGCUGCGGCGGCUUCCUCUUCGGCUACGACCUCGGCAUCUCCGGUGGUGUUACCUCAAUGAACUCCUUCCUGAAGAGGUUCUUCCCGGAGGUGUACCGCCAGAAGCAGGACAGCAAAGUGAGUCACUACUGCCAGUUCAACAGCGAGCUCCUCACCCUGUUCACGUCGUCCCUGUACAUAGCUGGCCUUGUGGCUACUCUGGUUGCAUCAUCCAUCACAAGGAAGUUUGGUCGCCGAGCAUCAAUGCUGAUUGGCGGCGCCUUCUUCAUCGCAGGAUCAGUGUUCGGUGGUGCAGCUGUUAAUGUUCCUAUGCUGCUCCUCAACCGAAUUUUACUCGGAAUAGGUCUCGGAUUCACUAACCAGUCAAUCCCAUUGUACCUGUCAGAAAUGGCGCCACCUCAAUACCGUGGGGCAAUCAACAAUGGCUUUGAACUUUGCCUCAGCCUUGGAAUUCUCUGUGCAAACAUCCUCAACUAUUUCGUUGUGAAAAUUAAAGCAGGGUGGGGCUGGAGGAUAUCUCUGUCCAUGGCUGCACUCCCUGGUGCAUUCCUGACCAUGGGUGCAAUCUUCCUCCCUGAGACACCAAGCUUCAUAAUACAGCAUGAUGGUGAUGCCGACAAGGCAAGGGUUCUUCUGCAAAAGCUGCGUGGAACGGAAUCGGUCCAGAAGGAGCUUGAUGACUUAGUCUCUGCUAGCAAUCUCUCAAGGACAACCCGGUAUCCAUUCAGAAAUAUAUUCAAGAGGAAGUACAGGCCACAAUUGGUGAUAGCACUGCUGAUCCCUUUCUUCAAUCAGGUCACUGGGAUCAAUGUGAUAAACUUUUAUGCUCCAGUUAUGUUCAGGACAAUAGGUCUCAAGGAGAACGCAUCCCUCCUCUCUUCGGUGGUCACACGCCUCUGUGCAACAUUUGCGAACAUUGUAGCCAUUAUCCUGGUUGACAGGAGUGGGCGCAGGAAGCUUCUCCUCGUAGGCAAUAUCCAGAUGAUCUUGUCGCUGUUCACUGUGGGCGCAAUUCUAGCUGCAAAGUUUAAGGACCAUGAGGAAAUGGACAAGGACUAUGCAUACCUAGUGUUGAUCAUAAUGUCUGUGUUUGUUGCAGGCUAUGGAUGGUCUUGGGGGCCUCUCACAUUCUUGAUCCCUUCUGAGGUUUGUCCACUUGAGAUUAGUAGAUCAGCAGGGCAGAGCAUUGUAGUUGCUGUGACUUUCUUGAUGACAUUUGUGAUCAGCCAGACAUUUCUUGCGAUCCUCUGUCGCAUCAAGUCCGCGACGUUCUUUGUCUUUGGUGCAUGGAUCUGCUUGAUGACUCUAUUUGUUUAUAUGUUCCUUCCGGAGACAAAAAGGUUGCCCAUGGAGCAGGUAAAGCAUGUCUGGAGGAGGCACUGGUUCUGGAAGAAGAUUGUGAGGGAAGAACAAGAGGAAAAGAAACAAGCAGGGACAAUAGCUUUGUCGAGUUCCUAGUGUUUUCCUGAAUUGAGCUGUGUUAGAUCAAGCCUGCAAAGGAAACACAGUAUAUAUGAUUUUAGUUACCAGAUGUAACUGCACGGUAUAUUUAUUGUAUCUAACUACUGUACUUGGCUGGUCUAUUGCCGUUUUCAGUUCAACUUCC